AUGCCGCCUUCCCAAGCUGUCCAGCGCAUUAGCAUUCGCUGGCUCCCUGAGCCAGCAUACGAAGAUACCGACACGAUUGCUUUGAAUGUUGGUGGUUAUUUCAUUGACCUGCGGGUGGUCAAAGAAACAGGGUCAAUCCAAUGGAGUCGAGCUGGAGAACGUAUUCUGCUUGAAGAGAAUCCAUACCUCACUGUUCCGGAUGAGGCGCACUUUGAAAAACUGCCGAACGGUGAUGAUUUGGAGAUCGGAUCCACUCCAUGCCCUCAUAAAGGAGGCGCUCUGACAGAAUAUGAGGAAGUCUGGAGAGACAUCACGUCCAGAAAACAACCGGAAGAUCCAUCAUGGAUUCUACAGAGCGCCGAUGGAACUACAUUUAUUGGCAGAGUUGGGACAAUAUACCUGGCCAUCCGGAAAAGUGAGACAGGGAAUUUUUCUGCAAGAAGGGAGGAUUUGAGCUCGUCUAAUCAAACUUGGGAAGUCACUUUCGAAUCUGGUAAGGUGGAAUUGCUUCCAAGGGCGAGUAGCGCUUUGAAACAGAUUGGAGCAACUGAAAAGGUUGAGAAUGGGACAUUGCAAGUUGAUGACAUCAACUAUAUCGUCAAAGCAUUCAGCAAUGCGUAA